UCUCUCCAGAACAUAGAUUACGUCAGCAAUUGGUGGAAGGAACAGAGUACCCGUUUCGCCACACAGCAGACCUGCGCAAGAUAAAACCUCCACUCAGCACAUAACACUCCCUUUGCUUCCGUGUGCGACUGGGACCAGCGCCCUCUCCAACUCUCCCACAUCCGCAAGAAGACGUACAUAACACACAGAGGACAGGAUGAGGGAAAUCGUUCACCUUCAAGCCGGCCAGUGUGGCAACCAGAUCGGAGCCAAGUUCUGGGAGGUGAUCAGUGAUGAACAUGGCAUCAGCCCUACAGGGAACUAUGAGGGCGACUCCCCACUGCAGCUGGAGAGGAUCAGUGUCUACUACAAUGAGGCCUCAUCCUCUAAGUACGUCCCCAGGGCCAUCCUAGUAGACCUGGAGCCAGGAACUAUGGACAGUGUUCGCUCUGGGACCUACGGACAACUCUUCAGACCAGACAAUUUCAUCUUCGGUCAGAGUGGCGCUGGUAACAACUGGGCCAAGGGCCACUACACAGAGGGAGCAGAGCUGGUGGACUCAGUACUGGACGUAGUCAGGAAGGAAUGUGAGAACUGUGACUGUCUCCAGGGCUUCCAGCUCACCCACUCCCUCGGAGGGGGCACAGGCUCUGGCAUGGGGACCCUGCUCAUCAGCAAGAUCCGGGAAGAGUACCCUGACCGCAUCAUGAACACCUUCAGCGUGGUGCCUUCCCCUAAAGUAUCAGACACAGUGGUGGAGCCCUACAAUGCCACCCUGUCCAUCCAUCAGCUGCUGGAGAACACAGACGAAACCUACUGCAUUGACAACGAGGCGCUUUAUGACAUCUGCUUCCGCACGCUCAAGCUCCCCACGCCCACCUACGGAGACCUCAACCACCUGGUGUCGGCCACUAUGAGCGGUGUUACUACCUCCUUCCGCUUCCCCGGCCAGCUCAAUGCUGACCUCCGCAAACUGGCUGUCAACAUGGUGCCCUUCCCCCGUCUGCACUUCUUCAUGCCUGGCUUCGCCCCCCUCACGGCGCGUGGCAGUGCGUGCUACAAUGCACUGUCUGUGCCUGAGCUCACCCAGCAGUUGUUUGACGCCAAGAACAUGAUGGCCGCUUGCGACCCGCGUCACGGACGCUACCUGACCGUGGCCAUGGUGUUCCGUGGUCAGAUGUCCAUGAAGGAGGUGGACGAACAGAUGUUGGCCAUCCAGAGUAAGAACAGCAGCUACUUCGUCGAAUGGAUCCCCAACAACGUCAAAGUGGCCGUCUGUAACAUCCCGCCCCGCGGUCUCAAGAUGUCCGCCACCUUCAUCGGGAACAACACGGCCAUCCAAGAGCUGUUCAAGCGCAUCUCCGAGCAGUUCACCGCCAUGUUUCGCCGCAAGGCGUUCCUGCACUGGUACACCGGAGAGGGCAUGGACGAGAUGGAGUUCACCGAGGCAGAGAGCAACAUGAACGACCUGGUGUCAGAGUACCAGCAGUACCAGGACGCCACCACUGAGGAGGAGGGAGAGAUGUAUGAAGACGACGAGGAAGAGUCAGAGAGCCAGGCCCGGUGAACACCUUGGAAGAAGAGCCACGCUUGUGUAAACCCAGCCGACAGCGCUUUGUCGGUGUGUAGCAGGGUUAUCUGCCUCAUGUACACUAUACUGUAUAACCCUCCCUCCCUAUACCCCCCCCCCCUGCUCUCACUGUGUCUUUGCUAACUGUUAGCCCCACUUCCCUUAGCCCUCUGACCAACUCAUGGCCUCCUGUUGAUUUAUCCUGUUGAUAAAAACCUCCCAGACAGACCACUAAGUUGAAUGGGUGAAAUAAAGUGUGUGAAAUGGAUGACGAAUAGCCCUUACUUUCUUAUAAUAAACAUGUUCAAGCCUA